UGAAUGGUAUAAAAAAGGCACCACCGCAUAGGGAAAACCAAACAAAUUCAAAGGAUCUUCUGAAGAAGUACAAGACGGUUCUCUACUAUCAUUGUGCAAGAGGUUUAAACUCUGUUUCGUUGGCAAAAAUGAAUCUAAUACACGGUUUGUUUUUGGUGCUAUUUAUCGUUGAAUUCUCUGAACUUCAUGGAAAACAUGGCUUCUUCUCGCAAGCUCUACUUAAGGGCGAAGUGAUUGAAAACAUGUCACAGGCAAAGUUUGUAGCUGGAAUCUAUGCCCCUACAAGAUAUUUGUAUGCAUUCAAAAACAAGUUAACUGAAGAAAUGUUGUCUACAUGUACCGCAUUUAUUCUGUCAACAACGGAAAUUAUCACGAAUGCUCAUUGUGUGGCUGGUGCCCCAUAUAUUUAUGUGGUAGCUGGAAUGAAAGUUGCAUUAGAAAAAAACCUAAUCACAGUCGAAAAAGAGAACAUUGCAUAUCACCCUUAUUAUAGUCAUUUAAUUUUUGGUGCAUUUGAUAUUGCCAAAAUUACACUGAAAACGCCAUUAGAGUUCAGCGAUACCGUUGGCAGUAUCGAACUCGUGGACAAAGAUUACAAAUUGAAUAACCCAUCAGAAGUGGUCACUGCCUAUGGAUAUGGCGUGUUGAACAACACCGAACCAUUGAUAUUGAGGCGUUGCGAUGCGAACUAUAGAUCUUAUGUCGAACGAGCCAACAUACUCAAUCCAAGUCAGACUUUGUACUUUACCACUGGUGAUUCUACAAAAGAUGGUGAAAUUAUUACAGCGGCCGAUUCGGGUGGACCAGUUGUUUCAAAAACAAAUGGCAAAAUCGUGGGCAUAACUAUGGGUAUAAAUGGAACAACAGAUGGUCGUGGAAUAUUCCUCCCAAUUACGUCAUUCCUUGAUUUUAUCCAUGAUCCAAAGAGCGUGAAUCCACUUCCACCUUCGCUUACACCUAACGAAGCUAAAUUUACAGCCGAUAUAGCGGCACCAGGAAAGUUUCUUAUCGCCACCAAGGAAGCAUAUGCCAAUGCCGGCGAAGAUGCUCUAAUACAAUUUAAUGCAAUCAUUUUGUCGGAAACCGAGAUUUUGACCUGUGCACAUAAUGUGUACGGCGCCCCAUAUGUCUAUUUAGUCACCUGUAUGUUUCAAGAAUCUAAUUUCCUAAUGAAAACAUAUCGAGAAUUGGAUCAACGAAACGCUGCAACAUGA